CGCAACACGUAUGGUGCCAGAGAGAUCUUCAUGUAUGGCAGACGGACAUGGAGACAUGGUUUCUGUAUGUGUAAACUAGAUGACAGUAUAAUGCAUGAUGCCUGGUGCGGCUUGUGUGUACUGGUUGACAUCUUAACGCGUUCUUGUUGUUGCUGUUGUGACACGCCUCGGAUUGUAUAACAGGACAGGUUAAGAUUUCGUCUGGGUAGGAGGUAGGUCUUGCGAUCGCAGGUAGGUCUUGGGUCCUUGAUGAUCAUUUGUUGACAUGAUGGUUGAUCUGUAUCCCGGUCACGACGUCGAAG